AUGGCAAAUAAAGUAUUUGUACAGACAGAACGUGUCAUAACACCUGAGGGGUAUGAUGCAUUUGAUUAUGCUUGUGAUGUAACUAUCGUCAUCAGCCCUUUGAACCCAUCAAGUCACGAUGGGGCCUCUCCCACUGUGGGAAGGAGCGUCCUUAUCUUUUCUAUUAAUAAUAACAGCGCCAUGAUGAACUGUGCGAAAGAGACAGAGAAUGAAAGGGACCACAUAAUGGUACCCGGGAGGGGUUCUCUGUUGCUGGAAAGCUCGAACCCGCUACCUGCCAGGCGACAGACCUACUCGGACGGUCGGGGGAGGGCUGGACUCUAUAACGAGAAAGGCCUGUGCGUGGGUGCGUGCAUUCGGCAGUGCGUGUGCGCAUCUGGCACCCACUCAAUCGACGACUCGGCUGCCGCCAUGGCGCCCGCGCCCCACAACGGUACGCGACCCCACCACUACGAUCUAUUGGCCGUCGAUCAUCUUGAUUUGUAUGUUCGCGGGACAAUUGACAAACUGAAAACUUUCAGGGAUUUGAGAAAGACGUAUUCAGAAUAA